AUGCCCUGGCGACAGUGCCGCUCAUUGCCGCUGCAGUGGUCUGGGGGGGAUAGGCGGGGCGGUACGGCAAGAAAACUUCUGCAUGUAAGGACCUCCCGAGUCUGCACUCCUUACAAAACACGGGCCGGUACCUGUAAGCCAAACUCAAGGCAGAGGUACCGCCAGCAGAGGGACGGACACCGUCCCGCCCGGCAGCCGCAGCACCGAGCGGGCGGAGGCACCUGCCGCCGGCGGGCCAUAGCCGGCUGCUGCCUGUCGGCCGACCAGAAAAAAAUCGCGCGGAGCGCCAUCAGCGCGGAGAUCGAGCGGCAGCUGCGCCGCGACAAGCGGGACGCGCGGCGGGAGCUGAAGCUGCUGCUGCUGGGGACAGGAGAAAGUGGAAAGAGUACUUUCAUUAAAUAAAUGAGGAUUAUUCAUGGAUCAGAUUAUACAGAAGAAGACAGGAAAGGCUUCACAACUGUUUAUCAAAAUAUAUGCACUGCAAAAUAUAUGCAAGCUAUGAUCAGAGCCAUGGACAUGCUGAAAACACACUACACAUCUGAAGAAAAUGAGGAGAGUGCUCAGAUGAUCAAAAGAGUGGAAGUGGAUAAAGUGACAGCGCUGGAAAGAGAACAAGUUGAACCAAUCAAGAAUCUUUGGGAAGACCCAGGAAUUCAAGAGUGCUAUGAGAGGGAGCAUCAGCUCUCAAAUUCUGCUUAGUAUUAUCUUACUGACAGUGAUCGUAUUGCUAUGCCCUCAUUUGUACCAACUCAGCAAGAUAUUCUUAGAGUGCCAACUACAGGAAUUAUCAAGUACCCUUUUGAUUUAGAAAAUAUUAUAUUUAGGUAA